CCCCAAGUCUGGGGCUCCGGGUAAAGUUUCAGCCUCCGCACGUGACUCGCCAUGGCCGCUGCCUUCGGCCCGCGCUGCUGAGCUCGGUCCCCCGGACGGCUCCUCUCCCGGGACCCCGCAGCCCUGACGCCGAGCUGUCCCGAGGCGCAGGGGCAGGGCAGACGCCGCGCCCGUGGGCGCACGGACGGAUUGCGUCCCCCCGCUGCGAGCGUCACAGGACAUGGCCCCCCCAGCUGCCUAGCUGGGGCCCACCUAGGAGAGGCAUCCUCUUCGGCGCCCUGAAGGCCAGCUCUGGACCUCCCCAGGAAAGUGCCCGCUUGCAGAACUGCUUGACCAAAGGACCAGCUCUUGGGACGUCCCCGAAGCCCUGGCCCCCAGCUAGCGUGGGGGCUCCAGGCGGCUGAGAUUAGUCCGCUAGCCUUGGACAGCAGCCCCAGGACAGAAGGGGGGGUGGGCUGACCACCCCAGCCCCCUUCGGGCCCAGGCCCCAUGCCCCGAGGAGGGGCGGCCUGAAGCCCGCCGGAGCCUUCCGCCAGACUGUCUGCCUGCCUCCUGACUGUGGCUGCUUGGCAUGGCCAGCAACAGCAGUUCCUGUCCGACACCUGGGGGAGGGCACCUCAAUGGGUACCCGGUGCCCCCCUACGCCUUCUUCUUCCCCCCGAUGCUGGGUGGACUCUCCCCGCCAGGCGCUCUGACCACUCUCCAGCACCAGCUUCCAGUUAGUGGCUACAGCACACCCUCCCCAGCCAGCUGGAGGGAAAGAGCGAUAAGAGGCCUGGGCCAGAUCUCCAUCCUGUCCUGGAAGCAGCGGAUACAAUCUGUUCACACCCAUCCCCACCCCCCCCGAGUCUACCCACUGCCGCCCGCGGGAGUUUGCAGAGCUCAGCAGGCAGCCUUCCCCCAUCUCCAGACAGACACCGUAGGAACAGAGUCCAUUGAGACCCAGAGCAGCAGUUCCGAAGAGAUAGUGCCCAGCCCUCCCUCGCCGCCCCCCCUCCCCCGCAUCUACAAGCCUUGCUUUGUCUGCCAAGACAAAUCCUCAGGCUACCACUAUGGGGUCAGCGCCUGUGAGGGCUGCAAGGGCUUCUUCCGCCGCAGCAUCCAGAAGAACAUGGUGUACACGUGUCACCGGGACAAGAACUGCAUCAUCAACAAGGUGACCCGCAACCGCUGCCAGUACUGCCGGCUGCAGAAGUGCUUCGAAGUGGGCAUGUCCAAAGAGUCCGUGAGGAACGACCGGAACAAGAAGAAGAAGGAGGCACCCAAGCCUGAAUGCUCGGAGAGCUACACGCUGACGCCAGAGGUGGGGGAGCUCAUUGAGAAAGUGCGCAAAGCGCACCAGGAGACCUUCCCUGCCCUCUGCCAGCUGGGCAAAUACACUACGAACAACAGCUCAGAACAACGUGUCUCUCUGGACAUCGACCUCUGGGACAAGUUCAGUGAACUCUCCACCAAGUGCAUCAUUAAGACUGUGGAGUUCGCCAAGCAACUGCCUGGCUUCACCACGCUCACCAUUGCUGACCAGAUCACCCUUCUCAAGGCUGCCUGCCUGGACAUCCUGAUCCUGAGGAUCUGCACGAGGUACACGCCCGAGCAGGACACAAUGACCUUCUCGGACGGGCUGACGCUGAACCGAACCCAGAUGCACAACGCCGGCUUCGGCCCCCUCACAGACCUGGUCUUCGCCUUCGCCAACCAGCUGUUGCCCCUGGAGAUGGAUGACGCUGAGACUGGGCUGCUCAGCGCCAUCUGCCUUAUCUGUGGAGACCGGCAGGACCUGGAGCAGCCGGACAGGGUGGACAUGCUGCAGGAGCCGCUGCUGGAGGCGCUGAAGGUCUACGUGCGGAAGCGGAGGCCCAGCCGGCCCCACAUGUUCCCCAAGAUGCUCAUGAAGAUCACGGACCUUCGAAGCAUCAGCGCUAAGGGGGCUGAGCGGGUGAUCACGCUGAAGAUGGAGAUCCCAGGCUCCAUGCCGCCCCUCAUCCAGGAAAUGCUGGAGAACUCAGAGGGCCUGGACACUCUGAGCGGACAGCCGGGGGGCGGGGGGCGGGAGGGGAGUGGCCUGGCUCCCCCACCCCGCAGCUGUAGCCCCAGCCUCAGCCCCAGCUCCAACAGAAGCAGCCCGGCCACCCACUCCCCGUGACCACCCGCGCCCCGUGGACACAGCCCUUGCCCCUCGCCCGGCUUUUCUCUGCCUUUCUACCAACCGCGCGACCCCAGCCAGCCCUGCCCCUCCCUGUCUCCCUUCCGGGGACAGGAGGCAGGAGGGAGGAGGUGGCGACUCCUUGGACAGAGGCCCGGGUGCUGUGGACUGUUACUCUGCGGCCUGGGUGGUCGGGGGCGAGGUCACGAACUGCGUGAGGACCCCUGGUCCUGGGCCUCAGGAUGGGGCCUGGGGGCCUGUGUUCAUCAAGACACCCGUCCGCCCACCUCGCCACAUCUUCAUCACCAGCAAAGGCCAGGACCUGGCCCCUCCAUCCUCAGAACUUGCAAGCCAUUGCCCCCCGGUUGGGGAACCCCCCCCUUGCCUUGGUUGGUGACAGAGGGGGUGGGCCAGGGGUGGGGGGCUCCCCCUGUACAUACCCUGCCAUACCAACCCCCAGGUAUUACCGCUGGUUUUGUUUUUAUUUUAAUUUUUUUGGUUUUGAUUUUUUUUAAUAAGAAUUUUCAUUUUAAGCA